AGCUUGUGCUUCAAGCACCCCAUGCAGCGACUCCUGUAGCCUCAUUUUCAGACAUGUCGACGCCUGCAGAGAAGGCAGCAGAUGCGAAGCUCAAAGCAGCUUCGGUGGAGGACUCAGUCCUCGACACCCUGUCCAUCUACACGAUUCGGUUGCUUGCAGCUGAUAUGGUUGACAAGGCGUCGUCAGGGCACUUGGGAACACCGUUCGGUUGUGCUCCACUGGCCAAUGCUUUGUGGGGCAAGAUCAUGCGCUUUUCACCCUUUCAGAGGUGGCUGAACCGCGACCGUUUUGUGCUCUCCGCAGGCCAUGCCAGCGCCCUCCUCUACGUGAUGCUGCACUUGACUGGCAAUGGACUUGGAGGUCCUUACGAGGUGUCCAUGGAGCGUCUACAGCAGUUUCGGCAAGCAGGCAGCAGCACCCCUGGACACCCGGAGUUCCGAAUGACCAGCGGGGUGGAAGUCACGACUGGGCCCUUGGGGCAGGGCUUUGCCAAUGCUGUAGGCAUGGCCAUCGCUGAAGCCCAUUUGGCUGCUCGAUUCAACAAGGAUGGCUUUCCUCUUUUUGACAACUACACCUAUGUCCUUGCGGGCGAUGGCUGCCUUAUGGAAGGCGUAUGCUCAGAGGCUGCCUCCUUGGCUGGACAUUUGAAGUUGCACAAGCUCAUCGUUUUCUAUGAUGACAACAAGGUCACCAUCGAUGGAGGAACGAACCUGGCCUUCAGCGAAGACACGGCACAAAUCUUCGCUGCCAAGGGCUGGAACGUGCUCCAUAUCCCCAAUGGGGACUCCCACGACCCUGCAGUUUAUGAGAAAGCUGUGAACGAGGCCAAGGCGCAAACAGAAAAGCCCAGCAUCAUCAUCAUGCGCACCACCAUUGGCUGUGGGAGCGGCCCUGCAAUAGAAGGCAAGGCCAAAGCACACGGAGGCAAAUUCUCCAACAUCGAGGAGAUCCGCUCGCGCUACUUCUCCCCUGAAGGCCUGAGAAAGAGCUCCAAUCCGAUGGACCAACGGAUCGCAGAGCUGGUGGAUGAGGAGCUGAGCUCUUUGAACGGGAGCGCUGGACCUGUCCUGCCAAAGUUCUAUGUUCCCAAAGCGGUUCUGAAGAAGUUUCGUAGCCGUGGAGACUAUGGAGACGAGUUGGCCUGUGAGUGGAAUCGUAUGGUGGGAAAAUAUUGCAGAACAUUCAGGGAAAGUGAUCCUGAAUUGGUUCAAGACUUGGAGGAUCGUAUGCGCGGGAAAUAUCUGUCAGAUGACUGGAAAGCUGUGCUGGACGAGUACUUGCGCAAGGAAACAAAGACCUUAGAUUCAAAGUUGGGCACUUUGCUGAACAUGGCAGAGACAAAGGAAGAAGAGCCAAGACCCCCCUUCAAGCGCCUGAAGUCUGAUGGCGUCAUCGGCUUCAAGAACAAAGCUGGGAGAGUUUACGCGAGUGAGGUUCUGAAGUGUAUGGUUGAACACAACGCGGCCAUCAUCGGUGGUGCUGCUGAUGUGGCGUCUUCUUGUGGUAGCCACUUUCCAGAACUUCAAGGACAUUUCCUUCCGCCAUCCCGUGGACAAGGACUAGAUGGCGCAAGCUAUGCUGGAAGGUACAUUCACUUUGGUGUCAGAGAGCACGCGAUGCUCGCGAUUUUGAAUGGAAUUUGCUCCUAUUCGCUCAUGAUUCCAUACGGCGUCACCUUCACGGUGUUCUUCCAGUAUGGCUUGCCUGCGAUUCGUAUGGCUGCCAUCUCUAAGUUCCCAGUCUUCUACAUCGGCACCCAUGACUCCAUCGACUUGGGCGAGGAUGGGCCUACCCACCAACCAGUUGAGGUUUUGCCACAGCUACGAGCGAUGCCAAACCUCGUGGUGAUUCGUCCAGCAGAUGUGAAUGAGACGGUUGGAGCCUUCGAAGUCAUGGCAGAGCAGUAUGCCAGCUUUCGGGACAUCAGCCAAUAUGUGGAUCCUAAGCCCUUAUCUCGACGGCCCAUCUUCUUGAUGACAUGUCGUGGUGAGCUGGGCCUCCCCUACAAGCCCAAUGCGGGCAUGUCGGGACGCGAGGGCGUGAAGCGAGGCGCCUACGUGGUCCAUGACUGCUUCGACAUCCCCACUGGCACCUCCCACGGGAGCCAUACCCUGCCAACGGGCUCGAAGGUCCCUGACAUCAUCCUCAUCGGUAGCGGGCAAGAUGUUGGACUAUGUAUGCAGACGAAGGAAUUGCUGCUCAAGUGGUCCAGUGCCUUCUACGAGCAACUUCACAUCAGCUUUGAUGGGCCUAUCCCAUUGCCGAUUUCAGUGAAUCAGCCGUGCUUAAAGAUACGAAUCGUCUCCAUGCCCUGCUGGGAGCUGUUUGAUGAACAAGAUCAAGAGUACCAGGAGUCUGUCCUGCUGUCCAAUUAUACAGACGUGCUUUCCAUCUAUGUGGAGAAAGCUGCUACGAAGAACACCGGGCACGACAAGUAUGCGCAAUACAGCGUCUUGAUGCCUUCCUUUGGACUCUCUGGAAAAGGUGCUGAUGUCGAGCGAAAGCUCGAAUUUACUGCAGAUUUUGUGGCCUCAAAGGUCUGGGCCGCAUGGCUUGAACGUGGCCGACAUGUACCGCAGCAAGCUGAUACUGGAGACCGCGGCUUUAGCACUUGGGUGUCCCGCAUGCAUCGGCGCGCUGGAGGCAACUGAAGCCGUUGCGCGGACAUUGAAGUCGAAGAAGAUGAGAGCAGCCAAGACUGGAUACUAAAAUGC